AUGAAGCAAGAAACGAAAGGCGAUGUUGGCCAAGCUGGUCAAACUGAUCCGGGUCUGCCUCCUGCAGACUCUGUUCAGGUUGACCAUGCUAAUAUGGCGCCGAAUGUCAAGGAAGAACCCGAUAGUCUUCCUCUCCCAGUGUUUGGCACUCGUCUCGAGGACUUCGAGGCAGAUGGCAGUUACCUUGCGUCGCGACCAGGCGGUCGUUUCUUGAGCAGUCAGACAGACCUCGGCUUGUGGGAAAAGUUGGAUCUCGCCGAUAACCUGCGAAAAUGGGUGAAGACAGAAAACCUCAAGCUCUACGGCGAUGUCCGGCCGGAAGCGAUCAACAUCUCGGCAGAAGACCGGGUCGCCUUCUUCAAUACACUCUUCAAAGACUGGUCGAGCGCCGCUGACGUUGAAAACAUGCCAUCCAAGCCUCGGGACAGAGAUAAAGACGACACUCGCAUCCUCAUCGGCAGAUGGUCCCAAGAUCUACCAGCGUCGAAGAACAAGAGAAAGAGAGACGAUGAGGGCGAAUCGCCUACCAAAAGGCGCAAGAGGGAAGAGGCACGGCUUCAGCAUCAGCCAGCAUACUUCGGGGUCGGCAUCUCCUCUGGCAAAGGAGGAGACAAGGUCAGCUUUGACGUCAAAGAUGCUAGCAACCAGAUCGCCGCCGCCCAGUAUGUCGAGUGGAAUACCGAUGACGAUAUUGACGAACUCAAGCGCCGCGCUCUCUCGAAAUGGGAGCGCAGCGAGCGGAUCCGCAUCCGGGAGUUCAACGAGAAAUGGAUCUUGAUAUCAUCUCGAAACUACAUCAUCCGUGCUGCGAAGGCUGGGUUUGCCGAAGGGGCUCACCCGCCUAUUGCCACCCCAGAGGUCGUCGAACUUGCUGAGCCCAAGUCGGCCUUUACUAUUUUCAAAAAGGAAGUAGAGGCAGGUCUCAGAAUCGUGCAAGCGGUAGAGGCAGCACUUCGCUUGAGAUGA